AUGUCGCUCACCCUCUCCUCCACUGCAACGAUCACGGGCACCAAUGUCCAGAUCCCGCGUCUCGGCUUUGGCGUGUGGCAGAUCGCAGCUGCCAACUGCGCUGCAGCAUGCGCACACGCACUGAAUGCAGGCUACCGGCACAUCGACACGGCGCGGCUGUACCGGAACGAGGAGCAGGUGGGCACGGCCGUGCGCGAGUCCGGGCUCAGCCGGGCCGACGUCUUCGUCACGACUAAGCAGGGCGUCAGGGGCGACACGCCCGAGCUGACGUACCAGCUGGCGCUGGAGAGCGUCGAGAAGGCCGCCGGGACCGCGCCGGGUGCCUACGUCGACCUCUUUCUCGUCCACAUCCCCGACGUCCGCGGCGGGGCCGACGGGCGCAAGGAGGUGUGGCUGGCGCUGGAGAGGCUCUUUCGCGAGGGGCGCGCCAGGGCCAUUGGCGUCAGCAACUACGGCGUGCAGCACAUCGAGGAGAUGAAGACCUACGCCAGCGUCUGGCCUCCGCACGUGAAUCAGAUUGAGCUUCAUCCGUGGUGGCAGCAAAGAGAACUGGUUGCCUACUGCGAGGAGCAGGGAAUUGUGGUCCAGGCUUAUUCGCCGUUGGCGACGGGCACCAAACUGAACGACCCGGUUGUAGGAGAGAUGGCACGGAGCCUAUCCAAGUCCCCCGCCCAGGUGCUGAUCCGCUACGGGCUGCAGAGGGGCUGGGUUGUUCUGCCCAAGAGCGAGAACCCCGAGAGGAUCCGGCAGAAUGCCGACGUCUUUGACUUUGAGCUUGGACAGGACGACCUGCGAGUCUUGGACGGGCUAGACGGGCUGGACGGGCAGUAUUGA